AGUGACAGAGAGACACAGAGCUGAGACAUGACGGCAAAGACGAAGCACAGCGACACGAUGGGAGCUGCCGGAGCAGGAAGCAGCAGCAGACAAGGCCCAGAAGGACUGUGGGACUCCGUGAAGAAAGCUGUGUUUGUCAUCGGAUCUGGAAUCUUAUUCUUGGCUGCAUUUGGCAACUCGCUGACAUGGCAUUUUCAGAAGUGCUGGGGAGCUUCAGGAGAUUUCUGGCAGAAUUUGUGGACCAAGCUGUACUUGAAGUUCGAGGGUCAUGAAUCAGCUUUGUUCUACUGUGGGACCAUGAUACUCCCAACUAUUGCGUUCUGGGGGACGAAUGCUCUGCUGCUAUUGGUGGACACCAGUGGUAAACCCUCUUUCAUCACUCGCUACCGCAUCCAAGUGGAAAAGAAUAACCCGGUGGAUCCUGUUAAGCUGCGCCAGGCGCUGAAGUGUGUCCUCUUCAACUGGUUAUGCAUCUCUGGGCCCAUGGUGGUGAUAGCUUACCACCUGAUGAGCUGGAAAGGAAAGCCCUGUGGCCCUGAGCUGCCCACCUUCCACUGGGCCCUGACUGAGCUGGCUGUCUUUGCCGUCGUGGAGGAACUUAUGUUUUACUAUUCUCACAGGCUGUUUCACCAUCCCAGCCUCUACAAGUAUUUCCACAAACAGCACCAUGAGUGGACUGCUCCCAUUGGAAUCGUCGCCAUCUACGCCCAUCCUCUGGAGCAUGUGCUCUCCAACACGCUGCCAGUAGUAAUUGGGCCUGUGCUCCUGGGCUCCCAUGUGAGCACCGCCUCCAUGUGGUACUGCCUGGCUCUAAUCAGCACCACCGUCUCCCACUGCGGAUACCACCUCCCCUUCCUGCCCUCACCCGAGUUCCACGACUACCACCACCUCAAGUUCAACCAGUGUUAUGGGGUAUUGGGCGUGCUGGACAGGCUCCACAGUACCGACACCAAAUUCAGGCAGACCAAACAGUAUGAACGCCACUCCCUGCUCACCAACUUCACCCCGCUGAACGAGAGCAUCCCCGACACACCCAAGAAGGGCCAGUGACGACUUUGCGACCUCUGACAUUUAUUUUCAGGCCAAUCAGUCUUUAGUGAUUGUUUGAUUCUGAUUGUUUUAAUCCAGAAAACCUGUUGCUCAUUUUUAGACUCUGGUCACUUUUUAUUUUUCUCUUUUUUUCCACGCAGAAAGGAUUUUGUUGCACUUCAUCAGACGUGCAGUUUUACGCAGUUUGGCGUCCAAGUUCACUGUCAGCGUGCAGUCGACUGCCACUUUGGUUAUUUUUAACCUGAUUUCAUCUCAUGUGACCUUGUCAAGCUGUUAUUUUAUUUGUUGGAACGGGUAACAUAUUUAAGCAUGAAUGUGGCCACAGUGACAAUUAUACCUGUGGUUUAUUAUCUUUGUUCCAAACCAUCAUGGAAAAGUUUGUCAUUGGUGCAUACAUCCUAAUUUGAUGACUUUAUUCAAAAUUAGAGGCUAAUGGAGUCAUUUUACAAGUCACGAGUACUCAGAAGUAUUUAAUUUACUGGACAGUUUCCUGCUGUAGUAGAUUUAAGAACUUGAACUAUGAUAAGCUUGACUGCAAUGCAAUGAUUAGUCAAUUAAGGUUGACUAUAAUGCAAUGAUUAGUCAAAUUGACUAGUCAAUCAACAGAAAAUUAAUCACUAUGUCGAUAAUCAACUAAUUUUCUUUUAUUUAAAGCAACAAUACUAAAGAUUUGCUGGUGCAGGAUAUUGAAUGUGAGGAUUUUAAGAUUUUCUGUGUCAUAUAUAUAUUAAACUGAAUCUCUUUGUAUUUUGGACUGUUCAGAUCAGACAUAACAUUUCAUAAACCAAACUUUAAAUGUUGAAAAAUAAUUGGUUUAAUUAAUCUGAUAGUGAAAAUGUAGAAGACUGAACACUGUCAUAACCUCCAAUGUUCAGCCCAGUUACCUUCAGUUAAUGUUUUUCUCACCUUUCGAAACACAAGCAGCUGCCUUUUUUUACUCAUAUUUCCACUCAUAUUUAAACACAUCUGUUCUUAUUCCGUCUCCAUCUGAUUAAACCAAAAUGUGGGAGGAAACAGAGAUUUCACUAACUUGUUUAAAAUGUUAGGACAAUGACCACUUAACACUUUUCUUUCUUUACAUGAAUACUAGAGUAAACACUAUUCUAAACACAUGAAUGAUGUAGUGUUAUGUAUUAAUUAUUGGAUACAUUUUUGUAUUAUAUGUAGAGUUUAAUAACAGCACUUCCAGUUCACCAGUCCAGACUCUUCUGCUGCGUUCACUUGUGGCUCAGACAGAAGAGAAUCUGUCUUCUACACCAAAAAGAGAGAACACACACAUGCACUUUUCCUUCUGUCGCACUCGGAGAACAGGAACAUACUGUUGAAUGUGUGUAUGUAUUACAGAAGGCCUCAGUGGUGUUUGUAUAAGAAAUGACUGUUGAAUUAAAAACAGCUUAUACUUUGA